GAGAGCCACCUAUUUGGCUGGUCCUGGAAGGAGAUGAAGUUCACGCCAUUCGUUUGUGUGGUUCUGUUUGGGCUGGUGCUGGUGCCGACCGACGGGCGGCUCAAGUAUGGCGGCCACACGGACCUAGGCGAGGCGGACCGGGGCCAGAGCAAUGUGACCCGCGAAGAGGAGGACGAAGAGGAACAGGAACCGCAGGGGCAUGGUGAGAUGGCGAGCGACCAGACGAGAACGACUGCCGCCUCCGCCAACUGCCAUCACUCACCCGCCCAUUACGGUUGGACACUGCACCGAUUAAGUCAGCAGCUGGCGGCGGCUGCGGCGGCUGCGACGGCUGCCGCAGCGGUUGCGACGGGUAGCAGCACCCGCACCACCACAGAUCUUAAUGACGACAACCACGGUGACGACGACGUCGAGAAGAGAGGCGACGGUCAGUGGGGCCCGGUAAAGCGCACCUCAGCCGACUAUGGCCGCGAACUGUCCGCCGAUCUCUACGCCCAAUAUCCUUCGUCAUGCGCCUGCCAGACCAAGUACGAACUGCUCGAUCUUGGUUACACGCACUUUCCGCGCUACAUCGUGAACGCGAUCUGCCAGAACAGGAGCGCUAGCAGCCGGAAGUGCUGGCGUGGCUCCAGCUGCAAGGAGAUCCCGUACAAGGUGCGCGUCCUGACGCGGCGCUCCGAUGGCGGUGGCGAGCACGGUACCGACACCGAUCACCACUCGACGUUGCUGCCCGAGCCGCUGCGCGCUUACUGGCGCUUCAAGACGGUCACGAUAGCGGCCGCCUGCCAGUGCUCCCUCUAGCGGCGGCGGCUGCUGCUGCGACGGGCUGCAGUAGCUGCUGAUCACCAGUAGCUGCUAGCCAGAAGC